GCUCACACAGUUUGCUGUCAGUGUAUUAAAGCUACAGAGAAGCAAACAUUCGGAAAACUCCCCGUCACAGUAGAUGUCCUCGUCAUUUUCAACUUUCAAGUAACGCAAGCUUGCACAUUAACCGGAGCAGAAAUCAAGGUACUUUCUAUGCUUAGUAUGAACUAUGAGCCCUCAGAUGAUUAUUGCUUAUAUGAGUCCUCCAAGUGGAUGAACUGUAGACGUGAGAGAUGACAGUCGUAACUCGCUGCCAGGUACUGCCUGUCUCAACAAGGCAAGUGAUGACGUAAGUGACUCAAGUGCCCAGUAGUUUGCAUACUUCCCAUCGUGUUUAUACUCCUCAGUUUACUCCAGUGCUUCUUUUUUUUUAAUCCUUCAUGAGCAAAAUGAGGACAAGCCAGAAGUUUCAGAAUGAAGGAAACGGCUUUUAAACGACCUCCACCAGGGAAACAUUUAUUUGCAGGGAGAGUAUGCAGAGAAUGUGAUUUCAUGGUGCGUGCUGCAAAUUAGUGCAACAGCGCUUUGUGCGCUUGAAACACUUUUCUUGUUGAGACGUUGGAUUUAAUAGCAUCAUUUGGUGUAUUCCUGCUACGUUUACUCCAGCCAGGAGUCUCUCGUUGCUAAUAAGGCCUUACCCUUUACAAGCCGUACGCCCUCGUUAAUGAUCAUAAACAUCACGUCCAUGAGCUGUUGUUUCUCAUGUGAAAACAAAUGUUUGACAUCUCUGUUUCAAGCAAAUCAGUCGAUACGGUCUGUGCUCUUACUGUUACCAGCUGGUUUUCUUUAUUUCUUUACUUUAGCCAUGUAAGAGUUUCAAGUGAGGUCUUACUGUAGUAACAUGCGUGUACCUUUGCUCACAGUGAAUCUUGUUUUACUGAGGCCUUAGCUGAAUCCAAAUGUCCUUAGAGGUCACCAGUGAAGUGCUCCCACACAGUCUUAAAGGUGCAGUCCUGUCUGCUCGAAUGUGUUGACUAGCAACCGGUUCUAAAGGUCGCAGACGACGUCGAGCACAAAGAGGAACAACUCUCAGCUCCUCCUGCAUGAGAAAUAUCUUGCAAAAAAUAUUUCCACUUUGGUGGUUUGGAUUUGGUUUCAUUUUUACGGUGCCAAGUCAGAGCAAGAACAUGUUUUUCCCUACAUACCUGCAGAGAGUGUCUGUUAACCUGUUGGAUGCUAAUGAAAAUAAUAAUUGAGGUAUUGGCACAUUAAACUGCAAAUCUAUGGGCCUCUUAUAUGACUGGAACAUUGGCUCUUUAUGGUGGAGCCGUGCUGCUGACUGUGCAUCAUAGUGUCAAUUUAGGACAUUGACAUGUUGUUUUUAAUUUGUCUUGGCCUUCACUUUCUGGUCAUGUGAUUACAAAUCGAAUAGUCAAUGCUUUAUUUAUAUUUUUUCCCAUCCUUAUGUUUUGUUAAGGAGAAGUUCUGACAUUAGAUUCAUUCUUGGUGGAGUAGGAGCACUACUUUACUCUGGAAAGUUCAGGAGUGUCAUAGAAGUCUUUCUCAGGGCGUCUCUGGGAUCUUAUACACACCUCAUCCGAAUAUUUGGAUUUGCUAAAAUAGUCACGUAUAUCUCUCCCUUUUCCAUUUCAGCUAUCCACAAAUAUUUAUUGGUUUACUCAUUGGUCCAGAGCUAUGACUUCUGUCGUAUUCAGUCCCUCAAAGUCACUUCCCUCUGAGUCACGAGUGGAGCACAUUUAACCUGUGGCCCCAUUCCCUUUCCUGCACGUCAGCAUCAGUGAGUUAGCGCGAGUGUGCGACAUGAGGUCAGUCAUCCAUUUGUCCAGCAUUGAAAAGAGGAAGUUUAAUAGAAAUGCCUCUGGGUGGCAAAACAUUUAUAGCACUUCGUACAUGGAGGAGGGGUACGUGGUUCUCGAUGGGCUGCUGACCUCCCACGAGUGUGACGAGCUGAGGCAGAGGAUGUCGGAGAUCGUGGAAGACAUGGACGUGCCGGAGCACUGCCGCACAACCUUCUCCACCAAUCACGACGAGCAGCUGAAAACGCAGGGAAACGCUGACUAUUUUAUCACCAGCGGAGACAAGAUACGCUUUUUCUUUGAGAAAGGAGCUUUUGAUGACAAAGGUGAAUUCAUCAUUCCAAAACAGCGAUCACUGAACAAAGUUGGUCAUGCUCUACAUGCCUAUGAGCCAUUGUACAAAAAAGUUACGCAUUCAGCCAAAGUUCAGGGCAUCGCUAAGAAACUGGGACUCGUAAAUCCUGUCAUACUGCAAAGCAUGUACAUUUUUAAGCAACCAGGAAUAGGUGGAGAAGUGACACCUCAUCAAGACGCCACAUUUCUGUACACGGAGCCUCUGGGCCGAGUUAUGGGAAUGUGGAUCGCCUUGGAAGACACCACUCUGACCAAUGGCUGUCUGUGGUUUAUUCCAGGGUCACAAAACAGUGGUAUCUCCCGGCGUAUGGUGCGUACCCCAGAGGGCACCUUCCCCCUGACCGACUUCACUGGGAAAGAGAUGGAGUACGACGAUGAGAAGUUUAUUCCUGUACCAAUUAAAAAAGGUGGCGUGGUCCUGAUCCACGGUGAGGUGGUGCAUCGCAGCGCUGAGAACAAAUCAGAGGACUCUCGCCACGUCUACACCUUCCACGUCAUGGAAUCCCAGGACACCCGGUGGAGCCCCGACAACUGGCUGCAGCCCACUGAAGAGCUUCCUUUCCCUCCCCUCUACACCAAGUGAAGGACAUCCGGCUGCACAGACACACGAUCCCAUCUUUCCUGAAGAGCGACCAACGUGUAUUAACAGUUUCAACCAUAGCUCAUGUGCUCAUGGAUUUUUUUAUCUUCAAUGAAACCAUGUGUUGCUCUGAGCUGCAUGUAGAUUACAGACCAUCGAGAAUGUUUGUGGCCCGAUACUGAAUGUGAAUUUUUUAAUAUGCUUAGAAAUGAAUUUGAAUUGAACCCUUUUUUUAAAAUACAACUGAUAUUUAGAUCUGCUUCAGCGUCUCCUCAUCAACAUUUGCACAAACCAGCAUUUCUCUUGUUCAAGCAAAUUUUCCUUUUUAGCUAUGUGUUUAAACAAGAUGGCAGAUUCCUAUUUUUACAGACAAGCAGUGAGCAACAAGUAUGUGGAUUUUAAGACGCAACUCAAAAGAAAAACAUCUUUAUGUAUGAAUGAUUUUAAACAACAUCCAAACUUCUUUAGAUACAUUUGAAAUCAAACUGAGAAACCAGAGGGUUAAUGUUGGCGCACAGGUUCCUCUUCUCCAUUCUCACACCAGCAUUAAACAAAUGGACUGAAAAUUG